CAAUGCAACAUUGUCUACGAGCGUAGGUCUGGACCCAACACUUUAGCACGCAGCCGCUACUAAUAUGAAAUCUCGGGCUAUACCUCCCGCGCAUCUCCGGGCAACUACGCACACCCUUCUGACGAAAGCUGUGACAAGGACAACCUGUGACUGAGGCUUCAGGCGGCACGACUGGAUUGGCAACAACCACCGCAAUACGGCUUCAAGUACACCACAAUGCGAAAGCUUUCAAUCACUUGGUCGCGCACCACUAUCAAUCGAGCUUGCGGCACGUCGACCUCGCUUCGUCAUCUUAUCGACGCUGUGAUCGCUGAGGACUCCGUCUGUUUAGAAUCCACCUGCGUCUUUUGCACGCCGUUGUGUACUCUCACGUCUAACAAUGUCUCAAAUCACAAAGUUACGACAUUCAAAAUCCAUCACUGAUGGACGAGCGACUGAUACGACUGCCGACGGGAACAUCAAACAUGCACCCUGCAUCGAUCAAACGAAUCGUACCCCAGCAUUGUCGCGAGUCAACAUGCCUUGACGUCCAGAACCUGUUGCUCUCAUCCGCAAUCGCAUCUUGGAGCCAAGACCUACCGGACAUCAGCAGAGUUAAGCCACCAUUAUUGCAAGUAGCAUCGAUCUGCCUGCUAUGCAAUGUUGCUAGGUCUGCCUGUGCUUUACGCCCCGAAACAGGUUUCGAGGAACAGCGUCAAUCCAGCUGCCCAGCAUCGUCGAUACCCAACGUCAAGGCCCUCGCUAUCCGCUCGGCCCGAGCAGAGAGCUCGUGCCACAACCGCGCAUGUCUCUCUAACCCAUCCCACCUCCAAGGUUGUCGACUUGGAAGUUGGAACAGGAAACAAUCCCUCCUUUCAUCUGUUACCGUAACCAGCAAUCACAACACGCAGAUCGUCGGUUUGGUGCCCAAAAUCGGCAUUACUCAGGCCUGUCCGUCCAAGAACUGCCGAGCAACAGCACACCUCACCGCAUUUCGCAAUAGUAGGGCCGAUAUGAACGUUGUUCUGGCUGUUCGGGGAUCGGCCUCCGCGAACCCGAUGCUCGGUAAUGGAUCUCGAAGUACCUUCUCGAUCAAUCGGAGACGCUACCGCGGCCACUCGGCCUUCCGUUGGGCGCCGCUGCAGAGGUUAGACAUGAACUGUCGGCUUCAUCGAGAUGCCGAGCCAGGAUCCGGAGUCGCGCCGACGACGGUGGGCACCAAGGUAAGGAGGUACAUGUAUAUAUUGUCAUCGUCAGGAAAGGUGAGUGAGACUGCUGCCAAGCGUUCUAGCCAUCAGAGUAAGUGGCGAGAAGGAACCACUUUCUCGAGAAGCUGUCUCGAAGCUGUGCUGAACAGCGAUGUUAUGGCACAUCGGCAUCAUAGCCCCGGCUUCCACUCAAUGUCUUCAAUUCAGUUUUCAAUCUAACCUCCA